UUAAGAUGUUUGGCACACACUGGAUUUUAGCCAUGGCGGUGAAGCUACUUUUAGCUGAUAAUAAUUUACUGAAGGAAGCACAAAUAUUUCCACGUAUGGAAUAUGUUCAAUUAGGAUCAAAUGCUACCUUUUUCUGCAAGGUGAAAAGUAGUAUCUACACAAGUGCACAUCUGUCUUGGAUGUUGACUCCAAAUAUAACUGCAGGAGUACAAGACGGGUGUCUAAACAAGACAGUGAGAUUUAUUACCAUACAAAAUAUCUCAGCUGCAUCUGUGGAGGUGGUUUGUAAAAUCCCUGCAACUGAUUCCUAUAAGGACCUUCAUCUGGAUAAAAUUUUCUUUAAAACUGGAAAUCCACCAGAAACCCCACACAAUAUUUCCUGUAUUUACUUCCAUAAAAGAAACUUAACGUGUACCUGGAUUACUGGAAAGAACACAAGACUUCCGACUCAUUUUACCUUACUUAAGAUAAAACUGCUUGAUACCUCAGUUAUGUGUAGGACCAACACCAACUCUUGCACUUUCUUCUAUCUUGAUGAUGGGGAGCAGCUUGAUGGGGAAUAUGAAGUCCAAGUGGAAGCUGAGAAUGAGCUUGGCAAAGUGGCAAGUCCUGUAAUAUCAGUGAACACCUACAGAUUAGUGAAAAUUGACCCUCCUAACAGUUUGGGUUUGCAACCAUUUUGCACUGAAAAUCCAUCGUUUUUGUUGUCAUGGAGAAGACCUACUCUGGUGCCUGACGACUUAAAUGUGAAUUGUACUGUGCGGUAUAAACAACUACAGAAUGUUCAAUGGAGCUAUCAUCAUAAUCUGUACAUGGGAAAUCAGGAGAAAAUGACUUAUAACGUCACAGGACUUGAAGCAUUUACUGACUACACAAUUUCUAUGAGAUGUAUUGGAAAUGAUGGGCAAAUUUUCUGGAGUGAUUGGAGCGAGGACAUUACAAGAAGGACAUUAGAACAAGCACCUUCUCACAGUGUUGAACUUUGGAGAGUGAUUACUCUUUUGAACAACACAAGACUGGUACAUUUGAUGUGGAAGGAAAAAUCCCAUAUAAAACCAUCCGGAAUAACACAGGGCUUUGUUGUACAAUGGCAUCCUGAGGAUGAGAUAUUUGCUCUCCAGAAUAAAACAACAAGAGAGAAUGAAAUGGUGCUGAGCUUACCUAACAAAGCCUACAUCCUGUCUGUAAUAUAUUACAAUACUGCUGGAUCAUCUCCAAGUGCUACACUGAAAAUCCCUGCUAGUAAUGAAAAGACUCAAAGCCUGAUGUACAGUGCUAUGGUGUUUAUGAUGAAUGAAACUGUGAACGUGAUCUGGAAUGUUACAGAUGUGAGGUCCAAGACGUUUGUGGUAGAAUGGUGCAUACUGAACCCAUGUAGUAAUAUAUCCUUUCAACAAGUGGAGAAUUCAUCUGAAUGGUCUGGAGACAAAGGGAUCUUUGAGCCGUACACACGUUAUAGAAUUUCAGUCUACCCCAUACUUGAAGGAAGGGUGGAAGCACCUAUUACUACCUAUUUCUAUGUCGAGGAAGCAGCUCCACUCCACGGUCCCAAUACCACAGUGGUAAACCUUGAAGAAACAGAGGCAACAAUUAAAUGGGAUCCGAUUAGAUUAGAAGACGCCAAUGGCUUUUUAACUUCAUUUAGUGUUGUUUACUAUUCUCUCAAUGAACAUGAAACCGUUAUUACAGUGAGCAGUGAUGUCUAUAAAUACACUUUACAACCCCUGAAGCCGAAAACUCUGUACACUGCUUAUGUGGUAGCUAGCACCCGAGCCGGGAACACAAGUGGACACCGUGUUCACUUCACGACACCUAAUCACAGAUCGAAAGCCUAG